GUCGUCUCGAAAACUACAUCCACCUCAAAGAUUAUGUGGUGACGGAUCGGCCGCCGGUGGCAUAUAUCGUCGUCAUCACUUCACCACUUGCGUCACACCAGCUGCACAGCACAUAUAUAGCAUAUGAGAUUUCGGUGGUGGCGCUCCAGACAAUAAUGGCCGCCUCCGACAAGCAGGACCUGAUGAGGCUUUCAGCGGCGGCGCUCCUGCUGGCGCUGGCCGCGGCUGGCAGCGUCUGCUCGGCGCAGCAGCUCCGUCGCAACUACUACGCGAGCGUGUGCCCGAACGUGGAGUCCAUCGUGCGCGACGCGGUGGCGAAGAAGUACCGGGAGACGUUCAUCACGGUGGGCGCGACGGUGCACCUCUUCUUCCACGACUGCUUCGUGGAGGGCUGCGACGCCUCCGUGGUGGUGGCGUCCACGCCAAACGCCACCGCGGAGAAGGACCACCCCAUCAACCUGUCCCUGGCGGGCGAUGGCUUCGACACCGUGAUCCGGGCCAAGGCCGCCGUGGACGCCGUGCCGCGGUGCCGGAACAGGGUGUCCUGCGCCGACAUCCUGGCCAUGGCCACCCGGGACGCCAUCGCGCUGGCCGGCGGGCCCGCGUACGCGGUGGAGCUGGGCCGCCUGGACGGGCUGUCCUCCACGGCGACCAGCGUGAACGGGAAGCUGGCGCCGCCGUCGUUUGGCCUGGACCAGCUCACCGCGCUGUUCGCGCGCAACGGGCUCUCGCAGGCCGACAUGGUGGCGCUAUCGGCGGGGCACACGGUGGGGUUCGCGCACUGCGGAACCUUCUCCGGGCGGGUCCGCGCGGCGGACCCGACGCUGAACCGGAGCCUGGCGGAGAAGCUGGCGGCGUGGUGCCCCGACGGCGUGGACCCGCGGGUGGCGGUGACCAUGGACGUGGUCACGCCCAGGGUGUUCGACAACCAGUACUUCCGGAACCUGCAGAGCGGGAUGGGCCUCCUGGCGUCGGACCAGGUGCUGUACACGGACCCCAGGUCUAGGCCCACCGUCGACGCGUUGGCCCGGAGUAAAGUGGCCUUUGAACGGGCCUUUGUGGAGGGGAUCACGAAGAUGGGCCGGAUCGGGGUCAAGACGGGUGCCCAAGGGAACAUCCGACGUAACUGCGCAGUGCUCAAUUGACCGACCUGAUGAUGUUUGUUGCCCUGCGCUUGUACUAUCUAUGAACAAAUUUGCCGUGUGUUUAUAUAUGAACAAAUUUUUCAUGUGUUUA